AUGGACGAAGUGUCCGUUGGGCUCUCGCUCAGCGAGAUGGAGCACGAGAACGCCUCGUUCCUGGGCGCGUCUGCAGCGGAGGAGGCGCCGCCCAAGCCGGUGCCAGUGCCGGUGCCGGUGGCGACCCCAGCUCCAGCCAACCCGCCACAAGCACCGCCCAUGCCGCCCGCCGCAGUGCCCGUUGCUAUUCCAGCGCUUCCAGUUGCAGCCGCGGCAGCCGCGGGGGACGAGUGUCUGCGCGUGUCCUACCACUGCAAAGCCACCAAGUGCUUCCGCAUGCAAUGGGAGGCCGAGAAAAUUCACAGUGGAAAUGUCUGUGUGCAAGUGAACCCGCGCUGCCCUCGCCAGACGACGAUCAUGCUCGAGGACAAGGUCUACCUCUUCGACGGCUUUUAUUUAUUGUGCCACUGCGAUCCGCCUGAGGUGCCAAGGUUCGAGUACACCCGCGGUGACGUGAUGUGCAAGAUCCAUUUUAUCCCGGAAGAGCUCCCGUCGUCGGUGCGCGGGAUGUCUGGCAACGAUGUGGAUGCUGAUGUGAACGGAGAGAUCCACCGCUCUUUCUGUCAUUCGCUGUUCAUGCUGCAGCGAUAUUUGUUCCAGCAAUUGCUGGGCAUCCAACCGGCUCACCUGUUCAGUAAGGUAUUUCCUGACCCCGCUCACGCUACUGGAGACCCGUCGGAGAUUUGUGGCGAUUAUCACUUGGUGCCACGGUUUAUCGCCGUGAAGGAGGAGCCUCUGCUCCGACGUGAAGACUUGGACUCACCCAACCGUAUAGGAUACGCAGUAGGCCGGUUGCUGUCAGUGCAGCAGCUGCUGGCGUUCCUCGAUUUCAGCGCGAAAUUCACUGUGCGCGACUUCUUCGCUCAAUUCAACCACAACGAGCUGAUCGACUGCGUCGUUUCCACUCGCAUCAACGGCCAGCCGAGUGUCUUUCGUGUCGAUGAAAUUAUCUUUGAGCCAUCAGAGGCUGAAGGGGGUAAACCUGUCUCAAGUGGUGUUGUCAUGAAGGAUGGUCGACAUGUCCGGGCGAUUGCGCAUCGUGGUCAAGGUGCUCGCAAUUAUGACGGCGCCAAGUCCAAGAAGAGGAUCCGCAAGUGGCAGCAGGAGGGCGAGUUUCUUCAGUUGUCACCGGAAGUUGAACCCCAUUCUGAAGAGCUGCAUCCGAUGGAGUGCCAUCUUACAGGAGUUCGCGCUGACCUCUUCGAGGUUGGGAGUGCUAUGCCUAUGGUGCUCAAGUAUGUUCGACACUUCAACCUGCUUACGAGCUUUGAGGAACAAAUGGGCUUAAAGUUCAGGGACAAAGCGCUUCUACGCCAAGCAUUUACUCACGGGUCGUACAUCGACAUAGGCAUGCAGAAUGUCAACACUGUCGAAGCCACUCGAUCCCGUGUGCGCCUUGGGCACGUAUUCCAGAAUGUUGCCUCGCUCAAGCGAUCAAGAAGUAUGGCGCUUGACGGUGACGCGCUCAUCCCAGGUAAGGCGGCAGGGAAUAACGCCUCCCAGUUGAGGAAGGUUGCGGAGCAGCACCUGUCUUGUGAUUUCAAGGAAGAAUUCCACUCGCGGUACCUGUGCCCGUAUGAACGGCUGGAGUUUUUGGGCGACGCCGUUCUCGGUUUCCUCGUGGCAUCAUCAGCCUUUUUGAAGCUCCCGAAUGCCGAUGAAGGUUUCCUCCACCAGACCCGUGUCGAUAUUGUGAACAAUAUCAGUCUCGGCAAAAUGGCUAAAACGGCAAACUUUGGGUGCUUAUUGCUGAGUGCGUUCGACUUAGCCAAGCUCAAUGAAGACACUAAGGGGAAAAUUACGGCUGACUGUUUUGAGGCUCUUCUGGGCGCGCUCUACAAGGACCAGGGUAUCGUUCCGUGUCGUGCCUUGCUCGGUAAACUGAUCGACAUGCACGACGCCGAACUGCGCGAGCUGUGCUUCCUUUCAACGGAUGAACUGCUGACCGAGGCGAAGGCGUUCGUGGAAAAGGACCGCGAUGCUAUCAAGAAGUGGAGCAAGUACACGCAUACACGCCUACUGCAUCGCCGUUUUGCUGCGCGUUCUGGCGUGGAUAUCGCCAACACGCAUUUGUGGCUGCAGACGAUGACUCAUGCCUCGUUCCAGAAGCCACAGAUCGACGACGACGAGUUUAUUGGCCACGACCCAAGCUAUGAACGCAUCGAGUUCCUUGGCGACUCUGUGUUGCAGCUCUUGUCGUCCGAGUUUCUCGUGGAUGCCUUCCCGUACCACCAAGAGCACCUUCUCACGCAAGUGCGGUCCUCACUAGUGAAAAACAAGAAGCUAGCGAUCGUCGCGCGUAAUGCUGGCUACGAGGAAUUUAUCCGGUUGGGAAACGAAGUGAAGAAGAACGGCACUUUGUACGUGGAAGACGUGCUGGCAGACGUGUUCGAGGCCACCCUGGGUGCCGUGUAUAUGGAGAACCCUGGUGAUCUAGGAAAGGUUCGGUCGAUCCUGGACAAGUUGUUGUUCCCAAGACUUACGGAAGCUAUUCGACGCCGGCAGUGGAUGAACCCGCGCAAGGUGUUGAACCAUUACGUGACGCAGUGGAGUCGCUCUAGCAAUCGCCCGAUCUCGUGUCAAUUCAAGAACAUCAAAGUGCCUGGCACAGUCAACGAAGCAGGCGUAUUAGUGCCCAAGGAUUCAGAGGAGGAUGCCGCGACCAACAAAACCAAAAAGUGGCCCGCGCGAUGGGGCGCACAAUCACCGCUGCGCAAGACGUAG